GCGCCUUGUGAUUCAGAACGGGCACCUGGAUCUGCGUCAGCGUAUAUCACUCGCCCGUCUCAAAUAUUGUCAGCUUUGAUUGCACUUCCCCCCUCCCUUAUCGACCUCCUAGAGACCCACUGCUUCUCCUGAAGCCGGCAGCCCUCAUGCUUACCUUCAAAGUCAUCCUCCUCGCUGUCUCUGGGGUCAUCUUCACUCGGGCAAUCAGCCCUCCAAGUCGACGCGCACCGGGCGGGUCGAAAGGCGAUGGCGUAUACAGAGGCCAGGCGUUUGAAUACCUUGUGCGCUUUCUGGCCUAUCUCGUAUGGCUCGCUGUGCUGCCUACCAUAGCGUCAACACUCCUACUGGCCCUGUAUGACCAUAUCCCCGCCGUCGCGCCGCUGCUGUGUCCGAGCAGCCCCGACCAGCUCGAACCCCUUCUGAAACUAUCGCCGAGGUUCCUCAUCGGCACCUUCCUCACCAUCAGCGGCGGCUCGAUACGCCUCUGGUCGUACCAGGCCAUGGGCGAGCUCUUCACGUACGAAGUCUCCAUCAAGAAAAGCCACUCCCUCGUCACCUCCGGGCCGUACGCCUACGUCCGCCACCCGUCGUACACAGGAGUCAUCCUCAUGCUCAUCGGCGAGCACCUGAUGCAGUUCGGCGACGCCGGCUACGUACCCUACUGCGGCAUCAAGCACACGCCCUUCUGGCCGGUCGUGUACAGCUGGCCGUUUAUAGCCCUCUUCGGCGGAUUCUCGCUUUUCCGACGGUGCGCGGUCGAGGACAAGCAGCUGGUUGAGCACUUCGGCGCGGUGUGGAAGGACUACUCGGCGCGGACGCGGUAUCGGCUGUUCCCUUACGUAUAUUAGUGCCGUUGUUUUGUAACUGGGCUCUUCGCGGGCGAUAUUAACAUACAGAUCGCAGCCGUUCUAUUGCCACUG